AUGAAGCGGCGCAGAAUCGUAGGCAAGCAGCCGGUCGCACUCGAGGCGAUCGUAGAACAUGCACCAUCUGCAGUUGUGUUGGCUGAUGACGCAGCAGACAACACGAACAUAGAGGAGGAGGACGCAGACGGCGCGUCCGGACCACCAGACCGUUUCCGCUUUUUGCAUCACAAGGUCAUUGAUCGCAUUGUCUCGGCUUUGUUGAAGACCAAAACGGAUGAGGAGCUGCACACCAUGACCGUCUCCACUCUUUUGAAGGAAGUUGUCGGAAGGUCACAUGGAAAGGUCAGCUUGGAGGAGGUCGAAGACAGGCGAGAUGAUUUCAUCUCAGCAAGCAUGGAGCUCAUCCCGAAAAUGCUGGCCGCCAGGCUCGUCGAUGCAGUGAAGAAAGGUUCGAAGGCUGUUGAGGGCACUCUCGUCGCACCUGCCGAGAUUGAUAGUCAGACAAAGCAGAAGAGCUACUUCAUCACCAUCAGUGGUUUACCGCUUUCUGGCGCACCCAGUCGAGACGAGGUGUUGGACAUCAUGCUAGCCAGCUUCAAGGAAGGCGGGUAUGAGUCGAGCGCCUACCUCUCUCAUGUUGCAGUCUUCCGUGAAAAGCAUGCUGAUGCUGAGAAGAUACACUUCCACAUUUGUGCGUGUGUUUCCCAGCGGAUACGUUGGGUACCAUGGGCAAAAGCUUUGAGGCUGCGAGGUUUGGCCCCCAGCUUCUCUCAAGUAGUUGUGGAGGACCCGGCAGACCAUCGGAGGAAACAAUAUAGCUACAUGUUGCGGUACUGCUACCUGCCAACCAAACGGAAGCCCUUAGAGACCUUGGACAGCUCGCCGCUGUUGUGGUGCCAUCAAGGCAAACAUGCUCCAUUGAUUGACGCUAUCAACGGCGUCCUGGAUGCAGCAGGCGUGCGCCUGGAUGCGGAGGAUGCCUUUUUACAACGCGUUGCGGCUGGCAAGAAGGGAGCCAAACGCUUCACGGACAUCCAGUUGUGGCCUGUUGUGCAGGAGUUGGGCCUUCAAGGCUCCGAUCCGUUGUUGAUGCCGAAGCUCUUCCGCUAUGCGCGGCAGCGUGGAAACACACCGCUUUUGAACUACUUGUUCAGAAACAGUGCCACGGUGGCAGAGAAAGUGGAUCUUUGCUACCAGCUUGAGCGAUGUGAUGAAAUUAUACAAGUCGGCUCUCUAUCUUUGUGGAAGCGAUUCACGGCAGCUCUUGAGACACCCUGCGUUUGCGACGGGGCGUGGGCGCGAGCCGCGAGAGAAGUGGUCUUCAACAAUCAAUUGGACGAGCCUGCACUGUGCAAAGACAUCAAGAAGGCGCUCUUGUCGGGCUUGCAUGGCAAGGGAGAUUGCGUGACAUUUGCUGGAUUCGGCAAUGAAGGGAAGUCGUUUAUUUUGAAGCCACUGAGCCUCAUAUUCAGUUCAGUGUCUUGGGCUAAAGCAUAG